AUGAUGAGCGCUCCAGAAGUGAUGCCACAGACGAUGCAAAGUUUCCAGUACCUCAACUACGCUGCCCAAUAUCAGCAACAGCGACUGAACUUUGCUAACGGCUACCAUCAAUCCGGACCGGGUCUUCACGAUACUCCAUCAGUUUCCGCACAUGAAAGUCUUUCCACAAUGAAUCCAGUAUCCGUCAGCGCUCCUUCAGUCCUCGACCCAGCCACUCAACUCGGUCAUUUGAACGCUGCUAUCACGAAACUAGAACCACAGUUGCCAGUAGCUCCUACAGGCCACAGUACCCCUGCCUCGACCUCGCCAAAUCAACCAACGCAAGAGCAGAGUCUGCCAAUGACUCCACCCCGGCCGAAUGCGAUGGAACCGCUGGUAGAGAGUUUUUACGAAAAAGAUAUCGAAGAAGAGCUCGAUGAACAUUUCAAGAAGUCACAGUCAGAAACGAAAACAAGAAGAGGACUCAUCUUCCCCGCAUCGUACUACCAGCAACAGACCUCCCCGGCCGCCCAAGCUCCGGCAUCGGCAGUCUCACAUCUUCAUCACUGUCGACCACGCCACCGUACGGUCAUUACAGUGGAUUCCCUGGCUAUGGCACGGGUCCAACGUCUUUCUCUCCGCACACCAGCGCCACACCGACCACCUCGCACUCCUUCUCCCCAACCAAUCAGGCGGCGAGUCCCUACUGGAGCCACGAGCUACAAUUCUUCCCUCAAUCUGACGGCAGGAGUCGGUACUUACAAUCAGAGCAGUCUUUUCCCUUCGACUGGACCAACAGCAGCAACAGGACUCGAUCAACUUGGAGCAAAUCAGUCGCCUUUUCAAGCCGCAGCAGCUGGAUUCCGGAGCUACUGA